CCCCGCCCCUCGGCGGCUCCAGGUGCGGCUGUGGGACCUCGGACCGCGGCGGGGCCAGGUCCAGAGCCGGGGCCGGGGCGCCAUGGCCGAGUCCCAGCUGAACUGCCUGGACGAGGCGCACGUGAACGAGAAGGUGACCGAGGCGCAGGCCGCCUUCUACUACUGCGAGCGGCGGCGGGCCGCGCUGGAGGCGCUGCUGGGCGGCGGCGAGCAGGCCUACCGCGAGCGGCUCAAGGAGCAGCAGCUCCGGGACUUCCUCUCCAGCCCGGAGCGCCAGGCCCUGCGCGCCUCCUGGAGCCCCUAUGAGGACGCCGUCCCCGCCGCCAACGCCCGGGGCAAGAGCAAGGCCAAGGCCAAGUCCCCCGCGCCGGCGCCUGCUGAGUCCGGCGAGUCCCUGGCCUACUGGCCCGACCGUUCCGACACCGAGGUGCCUCCGCUGGACCUAGGCUGGACGGACACUGGUUUCUACCGCGGCGUGAGCCGGGUCACCCUCUUCACCCACCCCCCCAAGGACGAGAAGGCGCCGCACCUCAAGCAGGUGGUCAGGCAGAUGAUCCAACAGGCCCAGAAGGUCAUCGCUGUGGUCAUGGACCUCUUCACUGACGGUGACAUCUUUCAAGACAUUGUGGAUGUUGCCUGCAAGCGCCGGGUCCCAGUGUACAUCAUCCUGGACGAGGCGGGAGUGAAGUACUUCCUGGAGAUGUGUCAGGACCUGCAGCUCACCGACUUCCGGAUUCGGAACAUCCGUGUCCGCUCUGUGACAGGCGUCGGCUUCUAUAUGCCCAUGGGGAGGAUCAAGGGGACCCUGUCAUCAAGGUUCCUGAUGGUGGAUGGUGACAAAGUGGCCACUGGAUCUUACAGGUUCACCUGGAGUUCCUCCUACGUGGACAGGAACCUCCUCCUGCUCCUGACAGGGCAGAACGUGGAGCCCUUUGACACAGAGUUCCGGGAGCUGUACGCCAUCUCCGAGGAGGUGGACUUGUACCGGCAGCUGGGCCUGGCGGGCAGGAUUGGCCUCCACUACUCCUCCACUGUGGCUCGAAAGCUCAUCAACCCCAAGUACGCCUUGGUGUCAGGCUGCCGCCACCCGCCUGGGGAGAUGAUGCGCUGGGCUGCCCGGCAACAGCGGGAGGCAGCCGGCAACCCGGAGGGGCAGGAGGAUGGUGGCAGCGGUGGCGAGUCGGCCCGGCGCCUGGAGAGCUUCCUGAGAGACCUGGUUACGGUGGAGCAGGUGCUGCCCCCUGUGGAGCCCAUCCCCUUGGGAGAGCUGAGCCGGAAGGAUGGCAGGAUGGUCUCUCACACGCACAGAGACCUGAAGCCCAAAUCCCGAGAGGCACCCAGCCAAAAUGGCAUGGGAGAAGCAGCCCGGGGGGAGGCCGCCCCCGCCAGGCGCUUCAGCAGCAGGCUCUUCAGUCGCCGAGCCAAGAGGCCCACGGCGCCCAACGGCAUGGCCAGCUCCGUCUCCACUGAGACUGUCCCUGAAGUGGAGUUUCUGACAGGGAAGAAGCCCAACGAGAAUUCCAGUGCUGACAUCUCAGGUAAAACAAGUCCCAGUUCUGCCAAGCCCAGCAACUGCGUGAUUUCCUGAGCUGCAGGAUGGUGGUGGGCAGGACGUGUGGAUGUUCGCCUGCCCCGCCCUGUGUCGUGGAGAGCUCAGGUCGCACACUGCACCAGUUUGCACAUCAGACUCCAACUGGCCUCCUGCCUUGCAGCCUCUGUCCCGGUCUCAGGGACCCUGGAUCCCAAAUGAGAGGGUCUGAAGCAUCUCAGUCACACGCCUCCACCAGACUGUUGGUGGCUGGGCGGGGGUCAGUGCCACGGCCUCCUUGUUUACAUGAAGUGGAAGCUUGA